AUGCUCGAGGGCCGGACGAUGGCGGCGAGCCAUCGCCUGCAGUUAAUCCUGCAAAUAUGCACUUUUUCCGGCCAAACGACGGCAUCUACGUCUCGGAGGGACCAGAACAACGUACAAUAUGUACAUCGCCAAACCUCCCACCGGCUAUGGCUCGCAGCGGCGAAUGGUAGGACGAACUCGAAGCUUGCCUCCUUAACCAACACCUUAGGAAGCGGUCAGAGUGUAACGCUUGCACGCAGGCACGUUGAGCAAUUUGAACUCCAUAAGGAGUUGUACCGCGGGAAGACUUCCCUGCUCUAUAUGGCAACUGACAAGAUAAGUGGCGUGCAAGUCGCCCUUAAGUUGUACAGGAAGCGAAAGCUCAGCGUGCUGAACCGAUACCAAGUGGAGCGCGAAGUCCGGUUGCACAUAAAUUUGCACCACGAGAACAUCAUCCACUUAUUCGCGGCUUUUGAGGACGAAAAGCACGUCUACAUGGUGCAGGAGUUUGCGGUGUGUGGAGACCUGUUUGAGGACCUGAAGAAAGGAGGCGGCCAGCUAAAGGAGAAAUAUGCCGUGCGCGAUGUUAUUGUGCCGUUCUUGUCCGCACUAGCAUACCUCCAUAACCAGGGCAUUAUCCACCGAGACAUCAAGCCGGAAAACAUCCUAUUGGGGCCAAACAAGGCCAUCAAGGUGGCGGACUUCGGGCUUUCCAUCAAUAUAAACCACGAACGACCCGUGACGAGAGCUGGAACGCUGGACUACAUGGCCCCGGAGGUGCUGGUGUGUCCGGAUAAGCGACGUCCCGAGGAGAACAAAGACAAGGUGGACUCCUGGGCUGUAGGUAUCCUGGCGUACGAGCUGCUGGUGGGCUAUCCGCCCUUUGAGCAAGAGAGCCGAGCCGCUACCUACGAGCACAUUAUGUAUAAGGAACCCAAGUUCCCGAGCUGGAUGGCGGAGGACGCUAAAAAGUUUAUUGGGCUGGCGCUGUGCAAGAACGCCUCCCAACGGCCCACCGUCUUCGAGCUAAUGCAGCACUCCUGGGUACAGCCCUACAUGAUGCGCCACCUACAGCCCACUCAGGUGUCCACGUCCACGCCGGGGCCGUCGCGACUGCGCAACAGCGUGUCGCACACCAACGGCGACACGGGGCCUCGGGAUCCCGCCACCAGCACCUCUACUAAUGGCAUGCUGGUGCCGCACUCGCAGCACCACGUCUCCAUCUCGGCGUCCGGUAUGGUGGCGGCAGGGUCAACAGGGGCAGCGAGUUCAGGCAUGGGCAUGUCCAUGGGCACCGGCGGCCGCCUGUUCAUGCCCGUCCCCGCACCGCCGGCCAGUGCGUUGUCUGCGACGACUCUGUCAGCUCAGCAACAAUCCACGGCGGAUAGCGGCGCCUUCAGGCAGGGGGCCCCGCAUGGGAAUAUCUCGCAUUCCCAAUUGCAAGCUCAGUCCCACCUUCACUCGCAGCAGCAGCACCAGCAGCAGCCACCGCAGUCUGGAUCAGCUGCGCGUCCGCAGGCGCUUUCACCCAACAUGGCACUAAAGCAGAGCGUCAGCUUGCAUGAAAAGCCGUCUCAGGGGUCACAGGACGCCACUAUUACGGGCUCAGGUGCCGAAGUUGGGCGAAUUCAUGAUUCUAUAUCGGAUCCAUCGGCACGGGCGUUUGAAAGCUCUAUUCCGCAACCGCCUGGCGUGACGUCGUCGGCGUCGCUAUACAGCGGCGGCAGUGGUGCGGCCAGUGCCGGCGGCGCUGGAAACCGUGGCGGCGCUAACAACGGUCCCACGGACAUGGAUCGCUCUCCCAGCCAGAGCCAGAACCCUAGCAUGGGCAGCAACGCCAGUGCCAGCAGCAGUGGGGCGGCCCGUUCAUUACAAAUACAUUCGGUGAGUGCCUGA